AAUCGACACAAAUAUUUUGUAUAAACAAAAUUAAUUGUGUUUAAUAACUGACAUUUGUGCAUUGAAACUAAGCAACUGUCAACUGUUUUUAAGACAAUUUAAAUAUAAAUACUCAAAAACAAAAACAAAAACAAAAAGAAAAGCAAAUAGCAGCUAAGCCAAUUAAAACAAAUUUACAACAAUAAAUACAUUAUACGUAAAUUUUAACUUACGCAAGAAGCGAACAAAACAAAGAACAAACCACACAACCACUGAUGGCAACAACAGCACCCACAAGUACUAUCGCCGUCAUUAGCGAGCCCAUAAAGAUACCCUUAGGUGAGCGCUUUUCUACGCAGCUAUCGACUGGUUCUGCUGACAGUGGUUGCAUUGUGACAUCAUCUUCAUCGGGUAUCUCCCAGAAGCCGUCAUCACAGUCAUUAAACAUACGCAGUAGCUCGGGCUCAUUAAGCAUACACGGUCCUAAUGCAAAAAGCCAAUUACAAAAAUUAAAACAGCCCGCCUAUAAUCAACUACUCUCACAGGAUAGUGGCAUUGAUAGUGUUGGCGCUGGUAAUGCUUUAGCACGCGAUGGUGAAAGUGAUUCUACAGCAAGUUCACAGCAACAACUUAAAUCUACACAAUGUUCAAGUUCAAGCAGUGAGUCAUUAAGUGGAAACUCUUCAGGUAUAUCAUAUACUAUUGAAUAUGUCGAUAAUGGCUUCACAAUUGGUUCAGUGCCAAUGCGGCGACAUAGAUACAGAAAUUCAAAUAGUACCGGUACACAAGCUGCAUUGGAAGAUCGUAUCGAUGAAGUUGACAUACCUGAUGAUGAUGAUGAAGAUGAUGAUGAUGAUGAUGAAGAUGAAGAGUUUAAUGAUAAAGAAAUCAAAGUGGCGAGUACGCAAAAAGAAGAGAAAGAGUUAGUUGUUAAUGUUGACAACAUUAAUUCGACUGAUAACAAACAAAUUACUACUACUAUAGAAAGCGAUAACAAUAAGACUUUAAAACAAACACUAGUACCAAAAGAAACUGCAAAUACAAAUGCCAAUGAAACAAAGCCGACGUCAAGUGUAUCCAUCGAAACUACUCAUAAAUCAUCAAAUCAAACCAAAAAGAAUGAAAAUCAAGUAUUGGCCACAGAUGGCAAUUAUUAUUUUCCAUUAUUAAAAAUAUCUGAAGAUCCAUUUAUUGACUCAAAAUUAAUCAAUAAGAAAGAUGGAUUGCAAGAUACCAUGUACUACCUUGAUGAAUUCGGUAGUCCAAAAUUACGUGAAAAAUAUGCACGUAAACAGAAGCAAAAAGAAAUAAAAAAUGAAAAGGCCAAAUUGAAGAAGAAAGAACGUGAAGGGCAGGAGCGCAAGAAGCGCACCACAAUGGCCGAUACAGAUGAUAUGAAUCUUUCGCAGGCGAAUAAUGACGCCAUUGUAAGCACCACCAAACAAUCCAAAACCUUAAAAGAAACUGACUGUGAUAAUAGAAUUAUAAGUGUUGAUCAUGUUAAUAAAAAUAGUUGUAAGCAAAAAACCAAUGACUUAAAUGAUGAAUUAGAAGUAGAGGGAACCUUACAGACACAAAAUUCAACAAAUUCAACUGUUAAAUCAACAACGCCAUCUUGUGUAAGCUGGAAUAAAGUUAUGCAGAAAUUUAGAAAUAUUAUAGGUAAGCAAGUAUAUAUAGAUAUAUAUCUUUUUGUUAAGUUACUGCAAAAAAAAACCGUCAAAGUGAUUAAAACGGGGGUACGUCCGCGUAAAAUUAUAAAAAUUGUACGCAAAAAAAAGAAAGCCAAUGGCGUUGGUGGCAGUGAAACGGAUACGGGCUCAGAACGUAAAAAUUCAAAUGCCUCCAUACAACGUUCAUUUGACGAUGCCAAUGAAGAUAAUAAUAUAAGCACAAAUAAUAAUGAUAACAGUAUUAAAACACAAAAUUCUAAGUUACCAUUAAAAUCAAAAGUAGUAAAUAAAAGUAAUAGUUUCAGUACAAAUAAUUCUAAUUCCAAAAGUUCUAAAUCGACUGAUACAGGAGUAACGUCAACAACGUCUGAAAGCGAUACAUCGGACACGUCAGCGACAACCGCAACUACUUCUAGUACAAAACCUUCAUCACGAACUACAACAAAGUCAAAAUUAAAUGGCAACAAAUUAUCUAAACCUGUCACGCGUACCAACUCAAAACGAUAUGCAGAUCCAAGCAUGAAACAGCUUAUUGGAAAAUUAAAUGAUUUAUGGCCUGAACACAGUGUUGCACUUUCCAUUCCAAAACAAAUUGAUGAAAGUAAAGAGAAAUUAGAAGGUUGUUGGGAAACAGAAGGCAGAGAUGGUUCCAAGGUUACUACAGUGGUUGCAACACCCGGCCAAGGUACCGACCGUGUACAAGAAGUUUCCUACACAGAUACAAAGGUGAUUGGCAAUGGAAGUUUCGGUGUAGUCUUUCAAGCUAAACUAUGCGACACAGGGGAGCUGGUAGCGAUUAAAAAAGUUUUACAAGACAGACGAUUUAAGAAUCGUGAAUUGCAAAUAAUGCGUAAAUUGGAACAUUGUAAUAUUGUAAAACUUUUGUACUUUUUCUAUUCGAGUGGUGAAAAGUUUAUAUCUGUUAAAAUUUCUUUUUAA